AUGCGGAGGAAGCCCGCGGAACGAAAGAGACCCUCUUCGGCGGAGGUCUACGAGGUCUAUCAAGCCUGGAAUUUGCAGGGGGGCAGUCUUGAGGAAGGAGUGACCCUGACUGCCCAAGCCCUGGACAUUCCAGAGGUGGAUGUUGAGGAGGCGAUCAAUUUGCACGCUCCCCCUUUGCCGGCGCCGUCCCAUCCACCGCCAGGGCUCCCCCCUGGGCUAACCAGAGGUAAUUCCAGCCCCUUCGAGACAUUCAGUCGCAGCGGACCUCGGGAACUCUUGGCGCCCCCAUGGAUUCCGGGUAGCGUCUCUUUUCCCUCGACUUCGGGGAAGGCAGGAGGACCACCUGAAGCUUCCGAGCAGAAGAUCGGGUCCUCUUUUGGCGAGGCAUUGGGCGCUACCGGGAGCACCUCCCUGGCCACGGACCGCAUUAUUCCCGCCAUUGAUGGUCUGAGGAAGGCCCAGGAUGAAGAUAAAACCGGUGUCUAUGGCAAAGAGCUGUUCCACGCCAUCAAACGAGCCGGCCACCACGCCAAACACUCCCUGCAGCUCAUCAAGUGGCCGGUCUUUAUUACGAAUCGACUGGCGUUAUCGAUUGCGGGCCUUGGGUGGGCAUUUCAGGGUCGCCUGGCGAGGUCAGUGCUCAGCCAGCGGAAGGAGACCAAAGAGAACAAACGAAGAAAGUGUAAAAGACUAACUCUGCUGCCGCUGCUAUGCUUCGCGUCCGGAGAAAGAGAGACCCUACUGGCUGCCUGCGAGCGAGGAGUCAACUUCGCGGGCGGUCCUCAGCUUGUUCUACCCUUUCUUUACAGGAUCUGCAACUGCUGCGGGCGGCGUCAGCUGUCAGGGGUGAUGCAGGACCUGCCAGGGAACAUCCGACUGGGGACCUUUGCUGCGAUCCUGUUGAGUCUGGUCCUUUGCCCCUCAUUCUUUCUGCUCUGGGGCUCCGGGGCUUCAGAUAAAGUACCUGGGGGGAUUUGGGUGACGAUUUGCGCCACGGCCACGGGCGAAGGCUCGCCGGCGGGGCAGUGCCAGAAGCAAGCCGGCGCAUCGUGCAGACAGUAG